AUGGGAAAUGACGGUGGAUCGAUUCCAAAACGCAAUGAAUUGGUAAAAGAAAAACAAAAAGAAGUCAGACCAGAUCAAAAUGCUUUAACAAUUGCAAUUUGGUUUUUUUGUGCACUUUCAAAACGACCUUUACAAGAACCUGUUGUAUCGUGUGCUUUAGGAAAAUUAUAUAAUAAAGAUGCAAUAAUAGAAUACUUGUUAAAUAAUAGUGCUUAUGGCGAUGGUGACACUAUAUGUUCACACAUUAACAGUUUAAAGGAUGUAGUAACAUUAAAACUUACUACAAAUCUAAUCUAUAAAGAAAAUCCCAACUCUCAUUCUGAUCAAGGAAUGACAUCAAAAUUUGUAUGUCCUAUUACAAUGAAAGAGAUGAAUGGUAAGUUGAAAUUCGUUUAUUUAAAUACUUGUGGUUGUACAUUUUCAGAACAAGGAUUAAAAGAAGUACCUAGCGAUACUUGUAUUCAGUGUGGUAAACCUUUCAAUGAGAAAAAUAUUGGUGAUGGUGGGAUUGCAUCUUCUGUUACAGCAGCUGUUAAUCUAAAAGUACAGGAACAUUUAGUUGUAGCAAAUACAAAAGCUAAAAAAUCAAAAGCCAUUCAAUCAAUUUAUGCAAAGAAAAAUGAUGAUGAGAAUAAAGUGUCUGAAAGUUAUUUGGUUAGAGGAACAUUUAAUAGAUAUGCAUAA